GUCAGUCAAGAGCUUUACGUUCCAAGUUUCGAAUUCGCACUCCCAACAAACAAUACGAUUAAAACACAAUAAUAAUAAAUAAUACAACAAUAAUAAAUAAAGCUGGCUGAUUAAUUUAGUGGUUGUGAACCUUUUUGUAGUUCUUUUCGAAACGUACAAAAAAUAAUUCCAAAAUAAAUAACAAAAUAAAAACAAGAAUAAAUUGUAUUUUUGUAAUAGACUUUCACAACAGAAAAGGUUUCACCCAACAAAGCCACAAUCAAAGUGCAAAUAACAAACUCAAACAAAGUACAUAAAAAAGUUAUUGUGCAUGUGUGUGCAAGUGUGUGUGUGUGCGUGAAGAAACGGGAGUGUGUGUAUGAGUGACAUUGUUGUUGUUGCUGUAGCAAUUGAUUAAACAACAGCUAGUGCCUAGUCUGGUUACCUAGGCCAACUCGAAGCACAGAGACCAAGCAACAGAGUCUAAGCCAACAACAAGAAGAAGACAGAAGACAGAUAGACAGACAGAAAGAGAGACUCAACAAUGGGCUGCAACACAAGUCAGGAGCUGAAAACAAAGGAUGGCGCCGCCAUCGAUGCGGUCAGCAACGGCGAACCGGAGCCAAGUGCUCCGCAAUUGGAGCUGGCGGAUGGCGGCGGAUCAAAAUCCUCCUCAAACAAUCAUACAAAUCACGCCAAAUCAAAUUCAAUUAUCUCCAAUGGCGAUGCGAAGUCGACGGCAGCGACGGCGACGGCGACAGCAACAAAUGGCCUCGACCGUUCGUGCGAUAAGACGGAAAUCACAGAACUCAAUGACGAUGUCGAGGACGAAGCAAAAGCCGCAACAAAAAUUCAAGCCGUCUUUCGAGGCCACAAAGUGAGAGAAACCAUGAAAAAGUCGGAAACUAAAACUGCAACCAACAAUGGCAGCGCCAUUGCCGCCAAUGCUGCCUCGGCUGCCGCAGAGGCAGCUUCAUCAUCAGCGGAGCCCACCAAAGCGGAGCUCGAGGCUGAAUUCGAUCCGAACGACAAAGAGCUGUGCCAUGCUGCUCUUAAGAUUCAGUCCACUUUCCGUGGCCAUUUGGCACGCAAGCUUGUGAACAAGGAUGCGCCCGAGGACGAGGAUAUCCAGGAGAUAACCAAGAAGGUGGCCGAGGAACUCGACAUCGAUCUGACCGAUCCGGAAUUGAACAAGGCGGCUACCAAGAUUCAAGCCUCGUUCCGAGGCCACAAGACUCGCAAAGACGCCAAUCCCGAAUAAACCGAGCAUUGAACACACUUUGAAUUUGUUGGUGUCGGCUGUCAAGACAGUCAACUGAAAAAAAAUAAAUAAAUAAAUACAUUUAUAGAAUGAAAACAAACAAAAAAAGGAAAUUUGGUAAAAUGUAACUGUGCAAAAGCCAUUGAAGAAGCCUGCACUCGUGUAAACUUUUUAGUAAAUAUGUUAAUUAAUUACAAAUAAUAUUUAUGAGCAGCAAAAAUUGUCAUUAUUAUGAAAAACAAAUAUGAAUUCAUUAAUUUAUAAGCAAUACAGAAAAAGUUAAUAGCAAAACGCUUGAGGUAUUAUAAUUUUUCAUAAUUUUAAGGAUAUUCUCGAAAUCUUAGAAGAAAUUAGACAACUUCAGCUGGAAUGGAAAUCUUAAGUGGAAUGAGUUAAAAAAUCAAUUCAUUUCAAUGCGAUGCGUAAGCCCGACCCGAGCCAAUUAUUAGCUAAAAUAAUUACUGUAGGCAUAAAUGAACGUUUCUGCAAUUCUUUUACUUUAUUCACAC